CAGAAACGCAAACCGGCCACCCCGCCCGCACUCGCCGCCCCAUCUCUUCCGCUCCCGUCCUCUCCGAUCCAUCCACGACGCGGGAACCAGCCUCCGAACAGCAGCUUCCCGCCGCCGGCCCCCAAGCCUCUGCGGGCGUGGUUGCGUCUCCGCGGUGGCGCCACCGGAGCGGCUCUUGCGUCCGAGAGGCGCCCUCGUGCGCGCGAUUUUGGCCAGAUCCGACCAGCAAUAUUUGUCGAUUCUGAACAAGCACCGUUUGAUGGGCCCGGCAAAGGGUUCUCGAACAAUUAACAAGACCAUAGUAAAAGGAUAUGAAGAUCAACAGCAGCAUGAUGACCCAUCUAGUUCAAGCAAAGCUAAACAGAAAAAGAGGAAAAUUUCAGAUUUAGAUCCCAAAUGGAGCAAGGAUGAACUUACACGCUUUUAUGAAGCCUACCGUCAACAUGGGAAGGAUUGGAAAAAGAUCAGCAUAGCGAUAGGCGGUAAGUCGUCGGACAUGGUGCGGUCUCUUUACAGUGCACAUCGGACUUUCUUAUCUCUUCCAGAACAUCAAGCUACUGCCAUGGGGUUUAUCGCGCUGGUGACUGGUCAUCACAAUGCUUCGGAGAAAACCACGAGUCAUAGAGGAUAUGAUCACAUAGCCAGAGCAUCUGGAAAGGCAAGGAAACAUGGAGAACAACAGAAAUCAAUUGAUGGACCUGACCUGCACAACUGUCAUGAAGGGGAAAUUACUGGAUUUUCAGCUUCCUUCAAAAAACGAUACUAUGGCGAAUUGGUCAGGAACAGCCGAAAUCAUGCUGUUCAGAGGCGUACUCCUCUUAUACCAGUUAUAGCUCCUGCAGACAGGAGUACCAUUGAUGAGCCCACACCAGGAAUUGAAAACGUCAUCAAUUUUAAUUCUACCAAGAGAAAAUAUGAAGCGGCCAAUCAUGGCUGUGCUGUUGCUCCAACAAAUAAGUACUCUUCGGACAGAGUUUCUGGAUUCGCUGAAACAUGCAAGGCUGAUCAAGGCCAUAGUUACUUGGAUACCAUGGAAAUUGGGGACAUAGCGAUGUGUCAACAACAUUUUAAGAAAACACGAAUUCAGCAAACUGUGGAGGAAAGUCAGACUGGUAUAGUUGAGCAUGAGACAACGAUGGCAUCUAAAGAAGGGAAUAAGCUAGUCUCUUCUGUAAACAACAAUCAGAUACUUAUCGACAGUAUUUCUGAAGAUGAUAUGUUGGUCUUGGAUGUAUUGAAUAGCCUGGUGAAUGCACCCUCUAAAAUGUCAGAACUAGAGAUUAAUAUUCCUUCAGGUUCGCUUGGAAAAACUGACUCUGUGUUAAGGGAGGAAGGCCACCCUACCAUUGAUCUGUCUAAACAAGGGAAGCCAGUUCGUAAAUCCAGUGCUUCCAAGACUAGGAAGAAAAAACAUAAGAAGAUAUUAGGUGCAGAGGUGCCUGCUGAAGCACAAAAAAAAUGUGACGAUAAUUUAGUCCUGCCGGAAACACUGAGGGUUGGUAUCACUGAUGAUUCUUCCUUGUGUACUGACUCUGGAAGAGCGAGGACACCGGAAGCAUCUGAAGAUAUUUCUGCUGAAGUCCCCAAUACACAAACAGAAGCCAAGCCUGAAUUUAUAAUGUCUGGAAGGACCAGGUUGAAAUCUCAGAUGCAUUGCAAAACAAAGCCUAUGUCGUGCAAUGAAGGUUCAGAUAAUUUUCAGGCAAAGAAGUUGCUGCACUGUUUGUCAUCUGAACCACUUCGUAGAUGGUGCACAUAUGAGUGGUUCUACAGUGCAGUUGAUUAUCCAUGGUUUUCAAAUAAUGAGUUUGUGCACUACUUAGAUCAUGCAAAAUUGAGUCAUCUUUCAAGGUUGACUAGAUCAGAAUGGAGCGCGAUUCGAAGCUCCCUUGGUAAACCGCGGCGAUUUUCAAAUCAUUUUCUGGCAGUGGAAAAAGAAAAACUUGAGGAUUAUCGGGAGAAAGUUAGAAAAAUCUACGCUCAACUCAAUGAUGGUUCACGGGAUUCUCUACCUGCAGACCUAGCUAGGCCAUUUUCAAUUGGUCAGCAGGUUAUUGUUCGUCAUCCAAGUUCUAGGGAACUUUGUGAUGGCAAAGUGGUGAUGAUGGGGCCGGAUUGUUACAAGGUCCAUUUUGAUGAUCCUGACCUUGGUGUUGAUACUGUGAAGGACACUGAUUGUAUGCCAGUUAAUUGGCUGCAUAAUCGUCCUGACAACAUGAGAAGGAACUACCUUUCAAAUGAUGUGUACAACAUACUGGAGAUGGAUCACAUUCCUGACCUUACACCAAGUGAGAACCGGAAUCAUGCUAUAAAUGGAACUACUGUAUUCGAGGAGCUCAAAAGUCUGCGCUUAACAUCAGAUAGACAGCCUAAGGCAGAAUCUAUUAUACAUAGUGAACGGCCACCAUAUAGGAGUACAUCUGAUGGCCCUACAAGUUCUAGUGGUUUCUCUUGCCCAGACAAUAAUGCUGGUCACAACGGUGAACUAGAGUCAUAUGUAGCUGCAUUUUUUGAAAACUCACUAUCACAAGCCAGGCAGAUGGUUGACGAAGCCAUCCAGGCAAACUCUGGUGGUAGUGAUGAUGAAAAGGUAUGCAUGUUAAAUCAAGUGACAGGAUGUCUAGGCUCAGAUUCUCGUGGCGUGCAACUUCCAUCUGACCUGAUAUCAAACUGCAUCGCAACGGUUAUUUCAAUCAAGCGCCUUAGCGACUCGCGACAUCCAUUUGGUAACGUAGCAGGCGUCUUGGAGCAUGCUUUAUCAAUGCUGCGUCCAAGCUGUCCACAGAACCUCGGAGUUUACACAGAAAUAAAGAGAGACCUUUGCACCAUAGCGAACCAGAUUUUUGCACUUGUGCCAACAGCAUCGGGCAAUUGCAGCCCUCCUGUCUCGCCCAUGUAACUGGGACCUGCCCCGGAUAGACCCGUUGCCUUCUUGCAGGCCCUGCAGUAGACACGCUGCUUCCUCUGCUGUGAGUUCAAAACAGAGGUUUUGCUGCUGUUGGAGCUUGAUGUUAUGAAGUCCGGUUGAAUGGUAGCAUACGGAGGACGCAAGUCUGAUGUGCUGACUUGAGCUUGUAUAUGCAGCGUGCGAUCAUUAAUUGGCUAGCCUCCUUGUAACCUGUGUAUAUACCUGAAUGAAUAAUUUAUAGGUCCAUAUACAGAUUCAGGAUAGUUAAUAUCUGAUACAGUAGUGAAUAAAGAUGUAUUUCUGCAGUC